CCCGCCCGAGUCUCAACCUCACACCAACAACAACUCUUUCAACCUCCGUUCCUUACUCUUGCAUCUGCUCCUAUCAUCCAAACCAAUCACAAUGAGCAUCAAGCCAGACGUUGUGCGUGCAUUGCAGCGCUUCUCAUCCUGCGAUGUAAGUAGAUAUUACCAGGCCCAGUACUAUGGUCGGAGCUCAAGGUCCUUCAGAUUGGCGAUGCGCUCGUCAAACUCAAAGUCCCCCAUGGCGGUUACCUGUCCGGCCUCACAAUGUAUUCCCCAGCCUUCAUGUCUCCCACGGCCAAGGCCUUCGGCCCUGCGUACAUUGUGAAGAUGGUGCAUGCCGCAGACAAAGUCUCGCCAAGUCAGAGUACUCACUUCGCCGACGCCAUCCCUAAAGACAGCGUCGUGUUCGUAUCCCAGCCCAAGGGCCUGAUAAGUGCCUGCUGGGGAGGACUUAUGAGCACCCGCGCUAAAAAGCGUGGUGCCGCUGGUGUCGUCAUCGAUGGCAAGUUUCGUGAUAUCAACGAGCACCGCGAAUUGGGAAUGAAUCUAUUUGCCCGUGGCAACAGCAUUCUGGGAACCAAUACCUUCACACGAGCGUCCGAGCUGAAUGUUCCGGUAUCGUACAAGAAUGUGGAAAAUGGCGGCGAAGUCAUCGUCAAUCCUGGUGAUUAUAUCAUUGGAGACGCGGAUGGGGUUGUAGUAGUUCCUCCAGACAGUGCAGAGGAAUGCGUGCGCCUCUGUCAGGAGCGCUUUGAGAUUGACGAAGAGACGCGGCGUUGUCUAGAGCGAGGAGAUGAGAUAGGAAGUACUAUCAAGCGACUGAGGAAGUAAACAGGUCCUGAGCAUGAGCUCGUGCUCAUUUUGACAUGUAUAUAACCUCUCACGCCUCUGUGGAGACCUAUAGUGGAUAUUGGCAUCACGAUGAGCAUUACAGCUCAUUCUUUCUGGAAGUCAACCCGGGGAUAUAGGCACUGUAAUACGUGAUUUGACGAGUUGAAAGUGUCAAUGAGACCAGGGCCAUAUUCAU